AUGGCACAUAUACUUGUUCAACAACAAACUCAUCGUUCACCAAAUAUAGCUAUUCAUUCGUCAAUUGCAUCACAAAAAGAACCAUCAAUACCAAUGAGACAUUCGGUAGAUGAUAGAUUGUUUUUAGAAGAGUCAACUGAAUUAAUUAAUUUUAUUACUCGAUUUGCUUCCGAACCACAAAUGUCCAAAUUUAAUACACAAUCAGUCAAUUCAAAUGGAUACACCAGUAAAUCUCCUGUAGUUUUUGCUUUAACAUCGUCUUCUUCGAAUACAUGCGUUCAAGUCAUUGAAUCUGAAAAUGAUGAUUCUGAUUUAAAUGAUUUUCUUUGCUCAAGCUGUGAUAAGAUUCAACCGGUGUCUAUUUCUUCAACAGGAGAUUUAAUUAGUGAUGAAACAGACAAUAUAACAACGGCAAUGACGGUUAUAGAACCGUUAUCAGAGCAUAUUACAACAGUUAUUGAUGAAAUUAAAAGUUCACCAGCAGAAGAUGGCCUAAGCGAAACAAGUCCAUCUAUUAAUAGUCCUGAUGCUCCUAGUGAACGACACUUUCAUAGACGAAGAAGACGUUCAUCGUUGACGAGAAAUUCUCUAACACUUGAUGAAAAAUCAGCGACAGUUGAUGCAUUAGCAAAACUUGAUUUAAAUCUACAACUACCGAAAGAAGUCGAAGCAAAAGUAGAACUCAAGCCACCUACUGAGAAAGAGAACACAAAUGAUAUUCAAACGAUAAGUCCUGAAGACGAAGUACCACAAGAUGCUGUUGUUGAAAACGAACCAACAGCUUCAGUUAGCCGUUAUCGAGGAAGAAGACUAAGACAUCGAUUCUAUCGUCAAUCAGCGUCGGCUACAUCAUCAUCUAAGAUUCCCUGCGAUGGUUCACCGACACUUUUGUUGCCCAAUGAGGCACUCAACGUCGAAACAUCUAGAAUCUACUCGCCACCACCAUUGUCGCCUGUCACUCUAUCAUCACUCCCAUCGCCAAUAUCUCCAACUCUAACUACCCUCUCCCAACCAAUCACACCAAGCAAAUCAACCGGUGCGUUAAAACGCGUCAAUUCAGUAGGAGCAUCAAAAAAGAAUGUUCGUUUUGCUGAUUCCGUUGGCCGUCAGUUAACCGAAGUGCAAUACAUUCAUUCAUUGAAUUAUGAUGAAUCCAGCGACUUCUCACUGCUAUUAGGUUCAUCAUUGUUAUCUUCAUCGCCGCCUUCCUUCUCAAAAAAUAACAUUUAUCUAUCAAAAAGUUCUCCUAUUGAACAUAAACCAUGGUCAUUCGAUGUGGACCUAACAUUAUCCAAACAGAAGCACGAAAGUUCAUUGCCGAAACGGUUCUUUUGUUUAUACCGUCAACCAAACUCAGAACAUCCCGAUAUUUAUUUACAUGAAGUAUGGAAAUCUCAAAUCAAGUUAGAAUACGCCGACAUACAUUUGAAAUACUCUUCUAAUAGUGAACAAAAACUUACGGGAACGUUAUGGGUGACCAAUGCUGGUUAUUCAAAAUAUGUUUCAAUAAAAUACACAUUCAAUCGUUGGUUAAACACAUAUGAACGUGAAGCUCAACAUCGAUGUCAUUCAAAUGAUUAUCGUAACAUAGAUCAAUUUGAAUUUAGUAUAGAUAUUCCUGAAGAUGUUGAUCGAGUUGAUUUUGUUUUACGUUAUUGUAUCAAUGGUCAAGAACAUUGGGACAAUAACAACGGACAAAACUACACAUUACAAACAGAAUCUGCGUAUACACCUUCAACAACAAUAUCAUUACCACAUGAUUGUGAUUUUAAUGAAAUGAGAUUUUAUUAA